AAAAACAGAAAAGCAAUUUAAGGUUAUUGGCUAAAUUAUUUAUUUAGCAACUGAGAAAAUGAACAGGGCUGGGAUUACUGUGGCUUUGAAUCGGAGUCAGACAGAGGCGCCACCCUGCAUCCACUGCGCGGCUUCCAACAUGAACCGAUGGAAAUGUAUGGUUAAAAACUCGCCUCUUUGUCGAUUUAGGAUACACGAUCCUGAAUGCCAACCCAACUUACUAUUCCCGCUGAAAACAGUCUUGUACUAAUCCGGACCGAGGGUAACAGCUGCUCGGAGCCUAUCCGCUAUGCAUUGAACCUCGCCAAACAUAUGUGGCAAACCGGCAGUCAGACGGAGAUCUUAUACGUUAGCACCACAGGAUCCAACGAUCUUAUUAAUAUCGCAAUCUGCGAAGAAUCCGACUUUGUGGAUCAGAUCCGGGUUACGAAAUUGUUCAAGCUCGAGGAUAUAGUAUCGUUGGUUGACGAGCUAGAUGCCGCACCUCGCAUCGGCAAACACGUUUUGAUAGUGGAAAACAUUUCUCAGCUUAUAUUCUCGUCCCACUCAGUCGCUGGUGCAAAGGUUUACAACAAGACUCAGGGACUAAGCAGGGAGGUCUCCCGGGCCAUGCUUAAGUUGCGGAUGUUGCAUUACGCGUACAAGGUUUUACUCGACUGCGAGACCAACUCGGUGGAAGAUGCCAAUCACAACUUGCACUUUCUCAGCUACUUUUGUGAUGAGGUUAUUACAUGCUAGGAAUUUUGGAGCCCAUUCCACGGAUCUGAGAGGUAUAUAGACCGGUCUUGAACCUUUUUCUGGAUCUAUUGGAAAGGGAUAUGUGAGAUAAGCAUACGCCACAAGUUCCCAUCAGAGAUGUUUCGGGUCAAAGCUUUAUCGUAUUUGAGAUUUCCGUCAACAUCAAACUUUCAGUGGAUUAUUGAGUGUGUCUUGUAAUCCAUUACCUUUCUUUCAGGGAGAGACAAAUGCUUACCGUUUUCCAUGUGUGAAUAGGAAAUGACCUGAGAUCCAACAGCUCCAUGAUUGCGUGCUAGUUCAAUCCAUAUAGCAUACGAAGCACAGGCGUUGCCUAUAGCUAUAUACCCCGCUGCUACAUGAUGCUAUCCACCUCGUAACAAUCGUUAAUAUAAUAUAAACAGUACAAGACCUAACACUG